AAGUCAAGUCAGAAGAAGAAACAUCUUUUUUUGCUUAUAUAAAAGACUUGUAUAGAGUGUUAACCGAAAGAAAAGAAGCAAAAAUAGCAAAAGAAACAUCAACCUUUUAAUCAAUAAUAAUGUCGAUAUCCAAAAACCAAGUAGGGGAUCCAUUUGUUUAUGUUCGGAAGAGAAGGACACAAAGAACUCAACUAGUUGCUAAUGUAGUUCCUUCCUCGGCUCCACAGCAGGACUUUUCAUCAAAAGAAAUAUGUCAAAAGAGUUCAAACACUUUAUAUACAGAACCCAACAAACUCUUUGAAAGUAAGAGACCAACUACGAAAUGUUUGGAAUUUGGCAAGGACUUGGGAGAUAUAGCACAAAAGUUUGCAUAUAAUAAUGAAGUUUAUGGCUUGAUGAAGUCUUCUGGUAGCAACUAUAAUGCUGUUAGAAAAGGAAAAGAGGUUUAUGAAGAGAACAACAACACUAUGAGUUUUGCAGAUAUUUAUGCUCAAAGAGGAAAUAAAGGUAUCACUAUCUGUGAGAGAAGUGUGAAUCCAAGAAAUGAUCACUCUAGUGGCAGAAAAUUGCAGUUCCAAGAAAGUCCUAAUUAUUUCCUUAGCAAUAAAAUAAGGGAAAUGAGGUCAUGGCCAAGGCAUCAUAAGCCAAGAAUAACAGUUCAUCCAACCAAGAUUAUUGGCCCAUCAAGAUUCAGCCAAAACUAUGGUCAGAACAUGCAGAGAACAUCAGUGCGCGUGCCGUUUAAUUUCUCUGUGCUGAAAUUGAUAAUGGGGGAUGAUACAUUGACAGAUGAAGAAUUACUAUAUGCACAAGAGCUGCUCAGUACUCAAGAGUUACCAUCAGAAGGACAAAGGGUGCAGCAACGGCCAUGCAACCAAGUAGCAAAUCAUCAGGGCGUGCAGACGUUGAAUUCCUCCUACAUGAAAUUGCUGAUGGAGGAUGAAGAUAGCUCCAUAUUGACUCAAGAACUAUAUGAAAAGCAGCUCCUCAGUACUCAGUGCAGUUUUGCAUCAGAAGGACAUAGGGUGCAGGUGCAGCAGAUUAACUUACCAAGUAAUCAGUAUCAACCCCAAGAAACAUCCUAUAUGGAUCUGCUGAGAAGAGAUGAUAUGUCCUACAUGGAUCUGCUGACAAGAGAUGAUAUAUCAGGUGUUGAUCUGCUGACAAGAGAAGAUAUAUCAUAUACGGAUCUGCUGACAAGCAAAGACAUAUCAUGGACUUUAGAUGCUUGAUUUUGAUUCUGCUGGACCUGUCUUUCGAUGUUCUUAUUAAUUUCUCCUUGAAUAGGUUGUAUAUUUAGUUCUUAAUGGUGUAGUUGGCUGCAUGUUGUAAAUUCUGAUAUCGAACGUUUACCAUCAUACUGAAUGUAUCUUUGGUUUUGUACAAUCAUAUUUUCUCAUCCUUCGUCGUAGCUGU